AUGUUUCAUCCGCUUCAUCUGUGUUUCACUUUUAGCGUGAUUUUGUGUGUUAGUGUUACACACGACCAUUGCGAUCAUGAUAAUCUCGGCCCUCUUGUUAGAGAUAAAUUGAAAGAGCUGCUUAAGAAAAAAAAAGCUCAGUACAGUUGCGAACUAGAGGACAAAGUCGCCUAUGACAUCUUUUUAUACUAUGUGACUACUGUCAGAACUCCAAAAAACAUGAAGAAAGUAGUAAAUUUUGUGGAUAGCAUAGAAAGCUUUUAUAAAGCGAGAUACUUCAAGUCCGUGGAAGAACUUUAUAAGAUUGACCAUGUUAAAGGAAAAAACGUCGGCUGUGCUCGUCUUCCUAGUCGUUUCCCUAAACCCCAGGAAUACAUACUCGAACCUUCAGCUCCGACCAUUGAUAUGCACACUUACAAACAGCGUAUGAUUGCUUGA